CUGCCGGCCGGGGCUCUGCUGCCUCCAUGCUGUCCCCAGAGGGUUUGGUGGCCGCAGCCACAGUGCUCGUGGUACUGGGCCUCCUGGCUUGGUGCCUUUGGGAAGGGAGGCUGGAGGUGCCUGGAGACUUGGCAGAGAAGGAGGAGGAGGAAGAGGAGGGGAUCCCCUUCAUGGCCGAGGAGGGCUCAGGGCGCUGCCGGCUGCUGUGCAAGCCCUCUGCUCUGGCCCAGCACCUGGUGCGGAGCUUGGGGCGGUCGGCGGCGCUGCGGGGGGGACGGUGGCCGUGGCCACGCUGGCCUCAGCUCCAGAUGCUGCAGCAGCUCCUGCAGCCGCCUGAGCCGGAGCCAGUGGUGGCCAGGGAGCUCCUGCAGCUCUCUGAUGCUGGGCUGGUGGCCCUGGACUGGCUGGUGGGACCCUGGGGGGCUGUGGGUGGCAGUGGGGGGGUCUCCAGCCCGGUGCUGCUACUAAUCCCCAACGCUGCUGGGAAGGUGACGGGGGGGCUGUUGCAACUGGGGCUGCGGGCGCUGGAGCGGGGCUUCAUCCCCGUCAUCUUCAACCGCCGGGGCCACAACGGCUGCCCCCUCACCACCCCCCGGCUCCAGCCCUUUGGAGACCCCGGGGACCUGCGGGAGGCCGUGACCUACCUGCGGUGCCGGCACCCCACUGCCUCGCUGCUGGCUGUCAGCGAGGGCUCAGGCUCGGGGCUGCUGCUCGCCUACCUGGGGGAGAGUGGCUCCUCCAGCCGCCUGGCUGCCGCCGCCUGCCUCUCCCCCAUCUUCCGUGGCCGGGACUGGUUUGAGGCUGCGAUGCCCUGGCUCUACGAGUGGCCGCUGCUCCUCCACCUCAAGCAGGGAUUAAGCAGGUACGCGGGGUCCCUGGCCGAAGCGGUGGACAUGGACAGGCUGCUGGGCAGCCGCUCGCUGCGGGAGCUGGAGGAAUCCCUCUUCUGCCGGACCCGGAGCCGCCCCACGAGCUGGGAGGUCUACUGGGAACGCAACGAGCCCCUGCGCGACGCGGACGAGGCGGCCGUGCCGGUGCUGUGCCUGUGCAGCGCCGACGACCCCGUGCGCGGCCCGCCGGCCCGCAGCCUGCCCAUGGAGCUCUUCCGCAGCAGCCCCUACUUCUUCCUGCUGCUGACCCCGCGCGGGGGGCACUGCGGCUUCCCCCGCCGGGCACCGGGGCGCUGCUGGGGCCACGAGGCCGUGCUGGAGUAUUUCAGGGCCAUGGCCGAGUUCCUCCGGACGGAGGAGCGCAGGAAGGGGCAGCCGCGGCUCCGCAGGUGGGGGGGCCCCGCCGUCGAGCCCCCCGUGUUCACCUGGCAGAGGUCCUACACGCGGUAGUCCCCCUUCCCGGGGGGCUCAGAAAGGCAGGCAGACACUCCGUGUACUAAAAUUACUUUAUUACAGUUGAUUUUUUUUUUUUAACAUUUCCUUUGCUAUGAUACAAAGGAUACUUACAAACAAAAUAUUACAUAUGACCUUA